AUGGGGUAUGAGUUAAAUGAAGUUUUCAUCAUGCCAGAGACGGACCAAGCUAACAUGGCGUUAUUUACAGAACACCCAAUGUGGGACGUUGUUGACAACACAGCCUCCUCCGAACGAUUUGGGUCAAGUUGGCAAGUGAGUUUUGGUUUCAAACUCAAGAGAAAGCCGGAAUAUGUUAUCGUGAAUGUGUUACUACCAAUUCUUUUCCUUAGCAUCCUGAAUCUGGUAGUGUUUCUUUUGGUGCCGGAGUCAGGUGAGUGGAUUGCGUACUGUAUUACCGUUCUCCUUUCCAUCGCGGUCUUCAUGACAAUAGUCAGCGCUAUGCUACCAAGAACCUCGAAACCCGUUCCGAUCAUCUCCUUCAAACUUAUGAUAGAUAUUGCUAUAAGUUCUGCUAUUACCGUUGUGGCCAUUCUUAACCUUCGUAUCUACAACAAGGAUCCGGAAAGUCCCGUUCCGAAAUGGCUGAUUGGAAUAUACCGGAUAUUGACCUGCACCCUUUGUCGCAAGCGAAAAAUAGAACCUUUGGAGAUGAGAAAGUUACGUAGGAAAACUUCAAAAGCGAUCAGGAUACAAACUGUAAAGGCUAUCUCUACGGCUGAAAAUGACAAUAAUUUUGAGAAACAACCAUCUGAUUUAACUGUUGAAGAGCGAAUCACGUGGAAGAACAUUAGCUACAUGAUCGACGGAGUUGCUUUGUGCCUUUUCAGUCUUGCAGCAAUUGGCAGUUUCGCUGUUUUUAUGAUUAUUGUUACAGGACGCAGCAAGUAA